CAAAAUGAUUCACCUUCAGAACGGUGUACGAAUUACUUCCGAGUCUGGGUACACACCAUACUACUUACAGAGAAAUAAUUCUGAAAAGUCACAAUGGGAGGAUAUCGAAACCAUAGAAGGACUAACAUUGAGAGAAGCUGCCAAAAUAAUAUCAGAACGACCAGAUGGAAGAAAGGAUUUCGACGACAGCUUUUUUAUAUGUGACCUCGGGGAGAUAGCAAAGACACACAAUAAUUGGAAAAAGGCAUUGCCACGCAUACGACCGUUUUUUGCUGUCAAAGUAGCACCUUAUGGACCACUUGUUGGUGCAUUUAAUGCAAUGGGGGGAGCUUUCGAAUGCUCCAGUAAGGUAACAUUAUAUUCAUAA